GCGGCCGCCCACGCACGUUCUUGCAGUGCAGCUCCCCGCAAACGCUCGCUCCGCCGUGUCCCCCGCUCUUCGCACUCUGCCAGCGCCCGUGGGCCCCCAAAGCCCAAGAGCGCCUGCGCCCGCUGCCAGCCCCUCGACAGCGCACAGCACCCACCCCCGUGCCUCCGCCCAGCGCAUGCACCGCAGCACGCUUCCGCGUCAUUUGUAGCACCACCGUGCCCCCGACAGCCGCACACAGCCCACCGCCGCCAUGGUGUUCCUGGGCAUCUACCGCGCCAUCUACGACUAUGUACCCCAGAGCGGCAACGAGAUCGCCCUGGCUGAGGGCGAUCUGCUGAUGGUCCUGGAGAAGUCGAGCGACGACGACUGGUGGAAGGCCAAGAAGAAGGGCUCGGACGAGGACGAGGAAGAGCCCGAGGGUCUGAUACCGAACAACUACAUCGAAGAGGCUACCCCAAUAUACAACGCCAAAGCGCUCUAUGACUACGCCCGCCAGACCGACGAAGAGCUGUCCUUCAAGGAAGACGCCGACCUCGACGUGUACGAUGUCUCUGACCCAGACUGGACGCUGGUGGGAUUGGACGGCGACUAUGGGUUUGCGCCCGCAAAUUACAUCGAGAUCAAGGAGGUUCCUGCUGCCGCCGGGUCCCUCGCAUCUCCGUCACUCCCGCCUCGCCCUCCUGCCGUCCCUGCCGCGCCCGACUCGGACGAUGGACACGGCCCGCCAACACCAGACAGCCCGGCUCACCCGAAUCCUGCCGAAGCCCUCGCUGGCAUCAUACAGAAGAGAUCACAGCAAUCGGCUCCUCCGCCCGAGGACUAUGCUUCACCCCCCAAAGCGCAACGGCGCGUCCAAUUUACGCCUGAAGAAUCCGACGAGGAAGCGCCUCCCCCACGUCUUCCGCAAAGACGGCCGUCUGGUCAGAUGUCGCCUCCUCCAACUCAUACUCAGUACGCGCAGUACACCGCCCAGCGCUCUCCAGAUACAGACUCGUUCAGAUCUCCACCUGCUCGCAGCGUCACUUUCGACCCAUACGAUCCUCCCAAUGACCACAACCAGCCCAACACGCCGCUCUCCGGCUCCGGCUACCAUCUGUACAACAUCUACGAAUAUUUGACACAGCCGGGCAAGAACAAGAAGAUGCCCAUCACGCUAGGGAUCAACAUCGCAAAAGGCAUGAUCAUGAUUGCGCCUGAAAAGUCUCGCGACGGACCGCAACAGGAAUGGACAGCAGACAAACUGGAAUACUACUCGCAAGAGGGGAAGCAUGUAUUCCUGACACUCAAACAGCCAAGCAAAGAUGUAGACUUUCACUGCGGCGCAAAGGACACAGCUUCCGAGAUCUGCUCGGCAUUGGGCGAGCUCUCCGGUGCUGCAAAGGGUGCCGGUCUACGCGAGGUCUUGGCCGCAGGGUCUAGGAACUCGAAUGUGCAGAGGAAAGGCGUCAUGUUGUUCGACUUCAUGGCCCAGGGCGACGAUGAGGUGACCGUGGGUCUUGGCGACGAGAUUCUGGUUCUGGAUGAUUCGGCUAGUGACGAAUGGUGGAAAGUGCGGAGGUUGAAGAAUGGCAAGGAGGGUGUAGUGCCAGCUAACUACGUCGAAAUCACAGAAUCCGUACCCAUGUCACCGCCCGCCGCCGCCAUCGCUCGCUCCGGUACCAACGCAGGGCGGUCUAUCGUAGACCAGAAUAGACUGGAGGAGGAAGAGCUCACGCGCCAAGUUGCGAAAGGCAGGAAACGGGAUAGCGAAGUCAGGAAUGAUCAGGUAGGACCUGGCCUGCAAUUACCCGCGCGCCAUUCUAGUCUUCUACGAACAAAAGUUGACCAUCCUCGUACGUCACAGAGAAGUAAGCGCGAUAGUACAGCGAAGGACUCCAAGACCGCGUCCAAACCAAAUACUGCGAAAUUACGAACAUGGACCGAUCGAUCGGGGUCUUUCAAGGUCGAAGCCGAGUUCUUGACCAUCAAAGACGGCAAAAUUCACCUCCACAAGGUCAACGGGGUGAAGAUUGCUGUUCCGGUACCGAAAAUGUCCGUAGAGGACUUGGAAUACGUGGAGCGAGCGACAGGUAUAUCACUGGACGACGACAAACCGCUGUCCGAUAUAAAGCGAAGAAGCACGCAACGGGCGAAAGAAAGCUCGGCGCCACGCUCGUCAGGCAUCUCCGUGGAACAGAAGCCUUCCUACGAUUGGUUUGACUUCUUCCUACAGUGCGGAGUCAAUCCCCAGAUUUGCGAGCGAUACGCGCAAGCAUUCACUCGCGAUCAAAUGGGCGAAGAAAAUAUGCCCGACAUCACCGAGAAGCUUCUACGAAACUUGGGUGUAAAGGAGGGAGAUAUCCUUCGAGUAAUGAAGUUUUUGGACAAGAAGUACAAUCGCAGCGGCGACGGCGAGAAGCGUAGCGUCAGUUUCGCAGAGAAUGGUGAAGAAGGAGGCCUCUUCUCUGGCCCUGGCGGCACGCUCAGGAAUAAUACUCGAAAAGGUCGUCCAGCGCCUCCUGUACAGACCAACGAUGUCGUUGACCCCAAGGCAUUUGAACAAAAGACGGACGAUGCUGUCAAGAAGCCAGCGCCUGCAGAAGCCACACCGACACCCUUGGCAUCUGCUCCUGUUCCGGAGAAGAAAUCAGAUGGCUUCGAAGACAACGCGUGGGACAUCAAGCCUUCGCGUCAGGCCCCCUCGUCUACUACAGCGGCCCCAACGCCGCCUCCAGCUACGGCGGCGGCGCCUGCACCUGCGCCAGCUCCAGCGCCGCCAGCUCUCACCGGGUCCAUGGGCGAGCUUUCUCUUCUGGAUAUGCCUGCCCUGAAGCCGGAAGUCCCAGCGCCGCCUCCUGCCCAAGCUGCACCUGCUUCUACGGCUCCUACGCAGCCGGCACAACCAGCGCAACCUCAAGGCUUCAAUCAGUCCUUGUUCGACCAAGUCGCCGCGGUCAAGGCCGUACCUCCCCCACAGCUCGCUCCUCCGCGAGUCCGACCUCAAGCACCCCAAGUACAGGGCCAAGGUGGUCUCAUUGCACCACCACCUCAAAGAGCCUCGUCUGCCCCCCAAAACCCACAGCAAGCGUACCCUCCACCACUGCAGCCACAAUUGACUGGCUUCAACCCGAACAUGCACACCCAAAUCUCGCCUCCCGGCCAAAGCCUGCAGGACUUGAACAUGCAACGUAUGCAACAGCAGGCCACUGGCUUCCAGCCGCAGUCCCAGUUUGGUCAGUUCCAGCAGCAGCAGAACGGUAUGAAUGGCAUGAACGGUAUGAAUGGUAUGAUGGCGCAGCCCACAGGGUUCCAGCAGCCGCAGCAAACCGGCUACAUGCCCAUGCAGGCGCAACCCACUGGCUUCCAGCCUGGCAUGCAGCAAAGCUUCCAAACGGGGUUCCAACCUGGGUUCCAGCAGAACUUCCCGGGCCAACAAAUGCCGCUCCAAGCACAGCCCACUGGGUUCAACUCAUUCUCACCAUCUCCACUGAACCCGCAAGCGACUGGCAUCAACCAGUUCCUGCCACCAGCCCUCCAACCGCAACCGACAGGCUUUGGCCAAAAUGCACCUCCUCUCCCUCCCAUGCCGCCCAUGCCCUCGAUGCCCACGGCAGCGCCGCUUGUGCCCCAGAAGACGGGACCGCCUCCGCCCGUGCGGUUCGGCACGCAGCCAGCGAAGAAGCUAGUGCCGCAGCCGACGGGGCGGGCCAACCUCGCCAAAGCCACCCCCGAAAACCCAUUUGGAUUCUAGGUCUCUGCACUUGCAUUCUCCGGGGCAGUACGCAUGCUCUAUGUCCUGGUGUUGUGUACGCGUUGUAUAUAGCGUUUGGCCUCUUGGGCCCAUCCAUAUUCGUUAGUCAAACGUGCAUGGCAUGCUACUGCGUCUUCGUCGCUUCUGUUUUCUGUUGUCGUUUGCUUGCUGCAUGGCGGUGUAUUCACUAUACAUAAUUAUCGGACCGUUUGGCGGAGAGGGGUAGGAUUGGUUAGCUUGGCAGCGUAGUCGGUCGGUCGAUCGGUCGUUGGCAAGUCAAGAGGGGGAGAAGGGUACUAGGGUAGAACAUUGUAAUGCAUGAAGUGCGAGG